AUGCAUAAUGCUAGUCCAACAAACUAUUUUCACCUCCCAAUCACCUAUGGCGGACUUGGUAUUCCAAGAUUCGAUAUCUUUGCAGAUGAAAUUCGAAUCAAAACAGCCCUGUAUCUUAUUAACAAUGAUAAUGAACUUCUUAGAGAAGUAUAUUCAGAAGGAAUCAAACACGAAAAUUCGAUUUUUAAGGAAAUGAACAGAUCAAUGAAGAAAUACAAGAUCAGACCUCAACAAUUUAACAAUGACGAAAUCUUUCCAAAACUCAAAGGAAAGAAUUUUACUAUUUACACUGACGGAUCAAAUCUCAACAACUCAACAGGUUUCGGCUUUACCGCCAAAGUUAACAAUUCCCAAGAAACCCAAGAUUUCUCAUACAAAAUUAACAGCGAAUACUCACAUAACGUUGCUGAAUUAUCAGCAAUACUCACAUCACUAAAGAUACUUCCACCUAAAUCUAAGGCAAAAAUUCACACAGAUAGUGAAAUAUCCAUCCACGUUUUGAAAAACAAAGCCUAUAACGGAAUUUUUAACUGCUUCAAGCAUGAAUAUCAACAGGUCAUUCAACAAUCCAAUCUAAAUAUUCAACUAAUCAAAGUUAAAGGUCAUGUCAACAAAGGAAACAUCAAAGCUGACGAAUUAGCUAAGAAAGGAGCUCAAGAGCACAACUAUUUUGACAUUAAGAAGCUAUUUUCGAACCAAACCAUCCUUGCCACAUCUAAUACCAUUAUUUUCGACAUCAAAAAAUCCAUACAAAAGAAAAGAUAUGAUGUAAUGUUUAGCCAAUUUGAUAGAGAUAAUUCCAGUCUACACCUUACCAAGAACUGGUCAUCUAUCAAUCUAAAAUUCAUCAAAUCUAAAAUUGACACAAAUACUAAGUGGUCAAUCUGGAGAAACUUAACAAGCAACCAUAUCAAACAACAUAAGGAAAGACAAUGCGCUCACUGUAAAUGCCCCGGAACUCUAAAACAUUUCAUAUACUAUUGCCCUAAUACUCAAUGCUUUAGGGAUUUUUUCUACACUAAAUUCCUAGAUAUUACAUCAAUGCAAUGUAUCCUCAACGAUUAUCAAGAAUCAAGAUACUGUGAAAGAAGGAAAGUUUUCAUUAUUCAUCAUGACGGAGUAAUGAUUCGAGAUACUCAAAUGCCCAACUUUAAAAAUUUACCAAAUAUUUACCAAAAUUGGCCUGAAAUCCAAACAAUUCUCACCCUACUAGUUGGUAAAUGUCACACCAAGUAUUAUGAAAACUCAAGGUUUAAAAAACCAAUUCAAAAACAAACCCCAAUCCUCACGGAUUUACCAGCACCAGUGGUGCUAACAAUAAACUAA